AUGACUUUACCAUUAAUAUCAAUAAUCAACUCAAGAGCUUAUUUGUACCCUUUUAAAGGGUUGUACUACUUCAUAACACAUCCCACCAUCUGGCCCUUUUACGUAACCAUAUUGUUACCUCAGUUGGUUCUUACACUAGUUAUUUACCUGAUUAUGUUUUCAUUGUUCUUCCCACCCCAAGCUCUUGUCUACACAUUGUUAAUGGGACCACUAGGGGUGAUUGGUGCUUGGUACAGUUUGAUUCUGCAAGCGAGCACAUUGUCCAUAUUUGUUGUCACAAUAUCCUUGAUGCCACACAUACAAAGGGUAGCAUACGACGCAGUAUUAAGUAGAGAGUGUGCUAAUGAUGUGAUGUUAAUGGGGAAGUUAAGAAGAUACAGAAAAUUACCCAUUAGAGAUAGGGCUAGAGAAUAUGUCAAGGCAAUUCCCGAUUUUUCAAUCUUUCCCUUCUCUUUGCUCAAGCUACUUGCGUUUUUCGGCAUUUACUUCAUACCUUUUGUGGGCCCAAUCAUUGUCUUGUUUUUCCAAUCUUCUAGACGUGGGCUAAAGGCACAUGCAAGAUACUUUAAGUUGAAAGGGUUUCUGCGUAGCGACAUUAGAACAAUCCACAAAUUAAACAGACCAGCGUACAUGGGGUACGGAGUCGUUGCACUUUGGCUCGAGCUGUUCCCAUUUAUCAAUAUGUUUUUUAUGUUCACCAACACUUUGGGUGCUGCUUUGUGGGCGGUUGACAUUGAAAAUCAAGAAAAGGCCACGCCAGAGAAUGUCGUCCCGGUUGCUGCAACUACCAGUAGUGUCACUUAUCAGGAUCAAGUUAUACCCAUACACAAUGAACCAACGACUAAUGUGCCUGAGGCUACCCCAAAGACUGCUACAAAUACCAUCUGA